UACCAAGGGAUGCAGAGACCUGCAGGGAGACCCCUGAGGAAAAGAAUGAAAGACCACGGGCACAGAGGGCCUGUUGACUUACCCAGAAGACAGCUCUUUGAGAGAAGGCUUAACCUAGCUGGCAGUAGAGGGCAACAGGAAUUAACUAGAAUUUUGUUCUGAAGAAAAGACUAAACUCUACCCAACACUCGUUCUUCAGUCUCUCUUUGAGGAGCCCCAGAUUUUGUCCUAAACUGUUUCUCAUCUCAGUAUCUUUAUCUCAUUACCAACAUUUUCAUUUAUCUUGAGCCCUUUAAAAAAAAAACAUUAAUUUUUAGCUGAUCACGGAGCUCAUUUUGAGCAGAUAGGCGACUCGUUGUAUUGGGACUUCCAGGAGCAGCCUCCCCUAUGUGUCAUUUGACCUCCAACCUAGGCCAGCUGAGCUCCCAGAUGCGUGGACAGUAAGGAUGUCAAUGAACAAGGGCCCAACUCUGCUGGAUGGAGACCUCCCUGAGCAGGAGAAUGUGCUCCAGAGAGUUCUGCAGCUGCCUGUGGUGAGCGGGACCUGUGAGUGCUUCCAGAAGACUUACAACAGCACCAAAGAAGCCCACCCCCUGGUGGCCUCUGUGUGCAAUGCUUAUGAGAAGGGUGUACAGGGUGCCAGCAACCUGGCUGCCUGGAGCAUGGAGCCAGUGGUCCGCCGGCUGUCCACCCAGUUCACAGCUGCCAAUGAGUUGGCCUGCAGAGGACUGGACCACCUGGAGGAAAAGAUCCCAGCGCUUCAAUACCCUCCAGAAAAGAUCGCCUCUGAACUGAAGGGCACCAUCUCUACCCGCCUUCGAAGUGCCAGGAACAGCAUCAGUGUGCCCAUUGCAAGCACUUCUGACAAGGUUCUGGGGGCCACUCUGGCCGGCUGCGAGCUCGCCUUGGGGAUGGCCAAAGAGACAGUGGAAUAUGCCGCCAACACCCGAGUCGGCCGACUGGCCUCUGGAGGGGCUGAUCUGGCUCUGGGAAGCAUCGAGAAGGUGGUGGAGUUCCUCUUGCCACCAGACAAGGCGGAGUCAGCCUCUUCUUCUGGAAGGCAGAAGACCCAGAAGGCUCCCAAGGCCAAACCAAGCCUCGUGAGGAGGGUCAGCACCCUGGCCAACACUCUUUCUCGACACACCAUGCAGACCACAGCGUGGGCCCUGAAGCAGGGCCACUCUCUGGCCAUGUGGAUCCCGGGUGUGGCACCCCUGAGCAGCCUGGCCCAAUGGGGUGCAUCAGCAGCCAUGCAGGUGGUGUCCCGGCGGCAGAGUGAGGUGAGGGUACCCUGGCUGCACAAGCUGGCAGCCUCCCAGGAUGAGAACCACGAGGACCAGACGGACACAGAGGGAGAAGAGACAGACGAGGAGGAGGAAGAAGAGGAAUCAGAAGGCGAGGAGAACGAGCUCAGAGAGGUAACAGCCCUGCCCAACCCGAGAGGCCUCCUGGGUGGUGUGGUACACACCAUGCAGAAGACUCUCCGGAACACCAUCUCAGCAGUGACAUGGGCACCUGCGGCUGUGCUGGGCACGGUGGGAAGGAUCCUGCACCUCACACCAGCCCAGGCUGUCUCCUCCACCAAAGGGAGGGCCAUGUCCCUAUCCGAUGCCCUGAAGGGUGUUACGGAUAACGUGGUAGACACUGUGGUACACUAUGUGCCGCUUCCCAGGCUGUCCUUGAUGGAGCCCGAGAGUGAAUUCCGAGACAUCGACAACCCUCCAGCAGAGGCGGAGCGCAAAGGGUCGGGGGCGCGGCCCGCCAGCCCGGAGUCCACGCCGCGCCCCGGCCAGCCCCGCGGCAGCUUGCGCAGCGUGCGGGGUCUCAGCGCGCCCUCCUGCCCGGGCCUGGACGACAAAACCGAGACGUCAGCGCGUUCCGGCUUCCUGGCUAUGCCCAGGGAGAAGCCUGCGCGCAGGGUCAGCGACAGCUUCUUCCGGCCCAGCGUCAUGGAGCCCAUCCUGGGCCGCGCGCAGUACAACCAGCUGCGCAAGAAGAGUUGAGCAGCCUGCGCCUCUGCUCGCCCCGGCGCCACCCCACAGGAAGGUCGCUUCUGCCCAAGGGUGGCCUCUUAGGAACCCGAGCCACAACCCCACGAUGCUCUCGAGGAACACAUCAUUUCUAAAGCAUCCUUUGGGGGCUUGACCAUCAGAGCCAGUAUUUAAGGGGCACCAGAGCAGCGGUCGACUCUCUUCUCCUCUCUCGUUGGCAGAAUCUCUUAUGGCUUUUUUUUUUAAAAAACUAUAAAAGCAAUUGCUUAAUUGGAUUUCUCACUUCUUUAACAAAACUUGUUGCCAAGUGACACCUGGCUAGUUCUAAAAUUCCCUUCUCUGUGGACAUGCAUUUAUUGCCAAAAGAAGUGGGUCAGUUGACAGUUCCUUUUCUUUCCUUUUCCUUUCCUCUUGUCUUCCUUCUCCCUCUAUUCUUCUUUCCUCCUCCUCCUCCUCCCCCUCCUCCCCUCCUCAUUC